AGACGUCCAGGUCUUAACCUCCGAAAUAAGUCUUCGGCACAGUCACUCCGACCCAUCUCCAGGACCCCGAGCCUCAAAACCAACGGCAUUUACAGUUCGCUAGGCUCUGCUUCGGCCACCAGCUCCGCUGUUCCGAGCCCUGUCAUCUCCGCCAUGGGCGACAUAACUCCUCUCCCCUCGCCUCUAUUAGCGACAGACUCGCCCGGCCCAUGGAAGCGGCGGACGUCGUCCCGUGAGAUGGCCCCCUCCCAACCAGUAUCCGCACCCCUCGACACCAACGGCCAUGCCCCUGCUUCAACAAACACGAAGAAGGCUUAUGGAGGGCUGACACCAUGCCCACCGCCUACGAAUGAUACCAAACAGCACCGGGACGGCGGACUCGCUCAGCCUCAAGUGUCGGCACGCCAUACGAGGAAUCGGAGCAUCAGCGAAUAUAUCCCGGAUCCUAUGUUGGUACCUAAGCGUAUGUCGACCGUGUCCGGUGUCCGUGCAAAGCUCGACCUGAAGCCCUCGACCGAAGGACAUCUGCGCCGGGAGCCCCACCUAUCAGAGGCGAGGGGCCUAACUCCCAUCGAGAAGCCACCGACGCCACCACCGAGUGAGUCGUCAAUGACUGCGGGCGACACCUCGGCAGUUUCUGCAUCAAGUGCCGGUACCAAGCCGCCAGGCGCUGUAUAUUUCGAGGCCAGUGGCCGGUACGACCAGAAACGGCGCCGUUGGCGGGCCAUCAGGGUUCUCGGCCAAGGCACCUUCAGCCAAGUCUAUUUGGCUACGAGUCAUACCUCGUCAUGCUCUUUUGGCGACGAGCAUGACGGCCCAGGUACCAGCCUGCAAGCUCCAGAAGAACACUCCGCGCACCAACGCCGGUCUCUGGUAGCCGUUAAGAUCAGUGAGCACGGUCCUCGAGGCGGUGCGUCCGAGGACCGCAUCGAGAUGAGCCUCAAGCGGGAGCUUGAAAUCAUGCAGUCGGUUCGACACCCAUCGCUCGUGAACCUCAAGGCAUGGAACAUCGAGCAGACCCGCGCCAUCCUUGUGCUCAGCUACUACCCGGGCGGUGACCUCUUUGACGUCGCCACUAGCCAUGCCGAUCUGCUCACACCGCCCCUCAUCCGCCGCAUGUUCUCCGAACUGGUCGGCGCCGUCAAUUAUCUCCACACUCAAAACAUAGUCCACCGCGACAUCAAACUAGAGAACGUCCUCGUCAACCUCCCACCCUCCGAGCUCUCCCCCGACACCGACUGGACAACCUACCCGUACUCGGUCAUCACCCUCACCGACCUGGGCUUGUCCCGCCGCAUCGCCCCCGACGAGAAGCUCGAGACGCGCUGCGGGUCGGACGACUACGCCGCCCCCGAGGUCAUCAUGGGCCAACCCUACGACGGCCGCGCUACCGACGCCUGGUCGCUCGGCGUCCUGCUGUACGCCCUGCUCGAGGCUCGCCUGCCCUUCGAUCCCCCGCCGUCUUUGGGCCCCCACGGUGUCGACUACGCCAUGCAGAUGCGCAUGCGCAGCCGCACGAGCCAUCGCAUUGCUCGUGUCGAAUGGCGUUGGUAUGCGUAUGGCGCCGGAGAGGGCGAGGAGGGGGAGGGCGACCACGAGGCGGAUCUCGAGAAAUUUAAGGCGAAAGGGUUGGUCGGGGCCAUGGAGGUUGUUGAGGGGUUGCUGAAAAGGGCCAGGAGUAGGUGGCCUUUGACCAAGGUGGCCGAGACGGAGUGGGUUGGCAAGGGCGUGUGUGUCGACGGCGGGAUUGGGUUCAGGGAGGAGGAGGAGGGUGAGGAGGUAUGA